AUGAAGGUGUGGGGAGACAAGGAGGACAGCAGAUCAGUAGGAAACAUUCCUGCCACAGAGGAAGGGGAUCAGACUAGCCACCCCGCUGACACAAGACUGCCCGGGGGACCUGAGUUUCGCGGCUGGGCUGUGGUUUCCCCCCUUUCUCCCGGGUACGGGAGCGGCGCGGGGAGCCCCGGCACGGCCGCCCCCGGACCCAGCGGAGCCGGGCGCGGGUCCCCCCCGUCCCCGCGCGUUAACAUCCGCGCAGGCAGCGCUGAUUUCCCCAUUCACCCUCCGCUGCGAGGAGCAUCCCCGCAUCUCCCAGCGAGCAGCCACCGCUCUGCACCCCUGUCCCCCCCGCCAGCCCAGGCGGCCUUCCCGCAGGUGCAGCCCGGGCUGUCACGCGUGGGGGGGCCCGGCAGUGUCCGGAAGCUCGCUCCCUCCCUUCCCUCCCUCCCAGGAGCCCGCGGGGGAGGGGGAUCCACAGCCCAAACCCGCUUUCGGCCCCCUCCUGCCGCCCGCCCCCCGAGCGAUGCAGAACAGCGCUUCCUCCCGUGCAGACGCCGCUCCCCGCCCUUCACGGCGGCAGGGUCCGGGCCCCGCUGCCGAGCCCCCCGGCUCACCCGGCCAGCAGCACCUCCCGCCGCGGUGCGGGGCGCGGAGCGGUGUCCCGGCCGGCCCGGCCCCGCUACCUGUUGCGGCGGGGCGAGCCCGGGGCGCGGGGCGCGGAGCGGAGCGCAGGGCGGCGCGGAGCGCAGGGCGGGCGGCGCGGCUCCCCCGCCCCUCCCCCGCCUGCCCGCCCGCCCGAGGCGCGCCGCGCCGCCCGGUGACACGGAGCGGCACCCGGGAGGGGACGGCAAAAGGUGCCAAGUGCGCCCCACGGCCCGGCGGGGACAGCUCCCGGCCCCGCGGGGUGACAGCGGUGCCCCGGGAGCGGGGCCGGAGGCUGAGCCCGCCGGGCAGCGGCAGCGCCGGGCACCGCGCACCUUCUCCCGCAAUCGCCCGUGCGCGCCCGCAGGGACCCCGCGUGUGCUGCUGCGGGUUGGUAUUCCAGAGUCACGGCGAAAGCGCCAACAUCCCCAGGAUUUGGGCUGUCACGUGCCCCUCUCGUUUUCCUAUUCUGCCAAAUAUCGACCCACACUCACGGGCCGAGGCGGCGGCUCCCAGCGCCCGCGGCGCGACCCGCGGAGGAGCAGCCGCCACCCCCGCCGCGCUUCCCCGCGGGCGCUGGCGAGCAAUGGACGUGUCCUUCCCGCGAAGUUUUCACGGAUGGGGACGGGACUAGCCGUGACCUGGAUACGCCGGCCGGUGUGUCGGACACCCGCCCCGCUGCCCCCCGCGCCGCUGCUCGCCCCGCGCAAGGCUCCGCGCUGCACUCACUCACCUCCCCUAGGACAUGGUGGCGCGGCGGGGGGAGGAGACGCGGCCCCCGGCUACUGGCAGCGAACCAUCCGGGAGCCCGCACCGCCACCCAGGGUAAAACUCCCAUCUGCGCCACCAAGGAAGAGGAGGGAGGAGAGUGGCGAGGGUGUAAACUUUUUCCUCCCCCCCGCCCCCUCCGGUGCCGCCCGGCCCCUCGCAGCGCCCGGCGGCCGCGGCGCCCCCGCCGCCCCUCCCGCGCCGCCCGCCGCGGCGGCUCCCGGCGGCUCCCGGCGCCGCGGGGUUUCUCACGCACGGAGCCCGCCGCCGCCGCGGUUCCUGGUUCGCGGAGCCGCCGGAGGAAGGGAAGGAGGGCGGGCGGCGGGGGAGGAGGAGUGUCUCCCCGUGCCCUUCCCCAGGCGGAGCGUCUCUCCCGGCCCUGGCGGCGGCGGAACACCCCUCCCCUCCGCUCCGCUCCGCGCUCCGACCGCCCCGCUCGGCCCCCGGGCGGGCUGCGGGGAGCGGAGCGCCCCUGGACGGGAUGGCGGGAGGAGGCUGCGCUCCCCCCCGCCGGGCCUGCGCCUUCCAUCCCCCCGUCCCCGCCGCUGCCGGGCGGGGGGAGCCGGUCCCCGCUGCCCCCCAGCGUGCCCUUGUGUCCCGGGAUACGGGCAAGCCGCGGGAGCAUCCGCGCCGCACUCGCGGGGCUGCGCUGGGGCAAGCCCGCCCCGGUUCCGCACACUAACAGGAAAAUCGGUGCUAACAGCGAUGCUGGUUUUGAAAUAA